AAGGACAAGUUAUGAAUGUCCCGCAGCCAUAGUAAAUCCCGAAGCCCCUACCAAGGACUACAGGUUGUCGCUUGUGUUGGCUGGGUAUUAUGUUGGGUGUUCUGGAAAGACCAAGGAUUGAAAAGGAAGUCGAAGAAAAAAGAUAAGCAGAAGAAGAAAAAAAAGAAAAACGAUGAUUCACUUGAGGUAGAAUCGACGAUAGACCAGAAGGAGUCUAAAAGACAGGGAAAGGGUCGAGAUUUCACUGUUAGUCUUGCUCUUCCUGGUUCGAUAUUAGAUAAUGCACAGUCAGCAGAGCUCAGGACCUACCUCGCUGGACAGAUAGCCAGAGCCGUUGUUGUCUUCAAUGUUGAUGAGGUCAUAGUUUUUAAUGAGUCUAGGAAAUCCCUCGACAAGUCUAAAGAUGGCGUUAGUAAUUUCCAUAGCAAGGCGGAUGCCAAUCUACAGCUUGCACGCAUUCUACAAUACCUGGAAUGCCCACAAUAUCUCAGAAAAGCUUUUUUCCCAAGACAUAAAGACCUCCAGUAUGCAGGACUUCUAAACCCCUUAGACUGUCCGCACCAUAUGCGUAUAGAUGAUGACAUGCCAUAUAGAGAGGGUGUGGUACUCGAUAGACCAGUUGGACAAUCAGGAGGAUCCCUGGUAAAUGCUGGCAUGAGAAAGGAAGUGAAAAUUGACAAGUGCAUUAAGCCAGGAAUAAGAGUCACAGUGAAACUGAAGCCAACAUCUAAAUCAGACCCCAAAGUUUUCUUUGGUAAUGUUGUUUCCCCAAGUGCACCCAGGGCAGAUGCAGGCUUAUACUGGGGGUACUCUGUCAGACUGGCGCCGAGCUUCAGUGACGUCUUCACUGAGUCCCCCUACCCUCAAGGGUAUGACGUCAUGAUUGGCACAUCGGAAAGGGGAGCACCAGUGGACUGUUUAGAAUUGCAGCCCUUCAGCCAUAUGCUGAUAGUGUUCGGUGGUUUGAAGGGCCUGGAGGCGAGUCUUGAAUCUGACGAGAGCCUUGACGUAUCAGACCCCAGUGAGCUCUUUCACCACUACUUGAAUACGUGCCCAGGUCAGGGCAGCAGAACAAUUAGAACCGAGGAGGCCAUUCUUAUAUCCAUGGCGGCGCUGAAGCCAGUCACUGUUUAUUGCUCCAGAAUUCGGGGUAUAUAUUUUCCCCUCAAAACUUCGACUGGUAGUAAUGUUUUAAUUGUUUUCUAUCGAUAAUUCAAACUCAAAUUCAAAUUUUCCAUUUCGAAGUUAAAGUAUCUUUAAUGUGUGUAUUUUUACCCCUUCUAUAGUUUGCUAAAGCCAAUUUAGCAGUCUUAACAAGCACUAGUCCAGGAGAUAAAUUUCAAUACCGGUAAAAAAUAAUUUAAUUAUUUGACAAAACAAAAGCAUCGACCAAAACGCAAUGAUGACACACGCGCUUUUUAUUCCUUAAUCCAUUCAAUAGUUUUCAGUAAGUGGAUAUUCCGGCACCUACUGCAUAGGGGAGUUUUCUUCCCACAAAAGUAGACCAAAUAUAGACAAGACUAUGAAUAACCAUUUGAAAAGCAAAAGAAUGAUGAAAAUUAUGACCUUUUUACAGAAGUCCGUGUUCAAGAAAAGAAAAAGAAAUAGAGAAAAAAAUAGAGAGAAACAAUAGUACCUUCGAGUAUUGUAAAGAAAACUCACGGGAAUGAAUAUAUUUUUGGGUCGAGUUAUCAAGGGUUCCAGCUAUCGUUAAAUAGCUAACUGUAAUCACGAACCCGCAUUUAUUUUAAAUUGUUAUUCCAGUUUUAAGGUUAUUUGCCAGCCCCGAUUCAACCAAAACGGCCAUCAUUUCUUGAUAGCUCUGCUACAAAUGUAUUUUUUAUUCCUGGUGUUGUUGGUGUUAACAACGUGGGAUGGUUCUGUUUUUUUUUUUUCCCGACUUUGUUUUAUGUUUCCGCAGAGUCGUCGCCCUUAUAUUUUUAUCAUACUAAACGAUAAAUAAAUUCACAGUUUUCUGCAUAUGA